AUGUUGCCAUCCAAAUUUGGGAGUGGGCGGCAGAAGCAGCCUGAACGCCGAACCAGUUUACGACUUGAUCCCAGUAUAGUGGCUUUGCGAUACGAGAAGACCAUACCUGCAGAACCUCCGAUUCUCAUUGUCUCACGAGACCCUACUCGGCUCUCACGUCGUCCUUCUUCUUCUUCGGCAUCAUCUCAUAGCUCCCGCCACCGUCCUAUUGUGAUUGUACCUCCUGGUAUUGUCGCACCGCCUGCUGAGGAGCACCCGGCCCUCCGAGGCUCAUCAUCGUCGUCAUCAUCAUCACCACCAACUCUCAGGACUUCUCCAGUAUCAGUGGAAGAGUGGAAGCGUGAUUCUGGGGUUGCUAGAAACAAGUCUACUUCAACAAUUCACGAAGAAGAAGACGAAGAUGGCCACUCGGAACCCGAAUGCAAAAACAAGAUUCCUGCAGUGGAAUCAAACGUAUCAUCACUGGUAUCGUCCGUCAUGCCGCUGCCCAGUAUGACAACGCAGCGAGACGACGAUCCAUUUGUGGACGAGAAUAGCAUCUUUGAGCCGCUAACAUCAAUACCUACCGAUCCCUUUUGUGUCGUGUACAACGCUCAAUGCACCACGCCGCCCCCUCCACCUCAGGUGUCCCACUCCAAUACACCGUUACCAUCACCUGCACCUGCAACACCUACUCGACCAACACUUGGCGCUACCGUCAACGCUCCAGCCACUGAUGCCGAUACGGCGAUUGAUUUGGCUGAGUCUGGGUCGCUUCCGUCGGAUAAGGAACAGGGCUCUUCCCGUUUUUGGAACAGGUCCCGUUCUGCCUCCACAACCUCGAAUAACAGCACUAGCACUGCUACAUUGGCGGGCACCACAUCCAUUUCAUCUAAUAACGAUCUCCCCUUUGUUCCCCUCGACGUGUCUAUCCCUUGCGAAAACAUCCUCGAUGAUGCCUUCAUGAACACUGUUUCUUUUUCCAAUCGCGGCAGCAUCAUGUUGGGAGCUCAAGACGCCGCUGCCAUUGACGGCGCUAUCAAGCAGCACACCAUGUCAAUUGAUUCGCCCUCUUCUACCAACGCCGACACGCUCGCGACUGCAAACAAUGACGAGAGCGACUCGGGUCGCGCUACCCCAACUCCCACUCCCUCAAUUACUGCCCCUCGUUCCAUCACUCCUACUCCUACAACGCCAACGACCCCAAAGUCACAGACCCUUCCUCGACCCAGCGACGAGUCCAACGACAUGAAUAAUUCAGUGAAGGGGGCAGGCGAUGGUUCUCCCCAGGGCCUGAUUUCAACCCCUGACAUUCGUGUCUUGGCCGCCGACGUGGAGAAGGAAUCUCAAAAGGUGAGAUCGCUCUAUACUGUUGGCGAUGGUUCUCACGGUGAGCCUGGUAAGAGGCACUCGUACUGCGAGCGUCUUGAACCAACUCCCGAGGUCCCGUCUGAGGAGAAUGAACUUGACCCGUAUGGUUUUCCUUGA